UUCUAAUGUACGAUGGAAAAGAAAAACAAAAGUAAAAACACAGCAAAUAAAAAGUUAACCAUAGAAAACAAAGUAAAGGAACAACCCAUUUUUUACUUGACAUUGGUUGAUUCUCCAAUUUUCAGUUCUUGGGGAGUUUUAACAGUAUUGGAGCGUGGCGUGAGACCGCUUCGGUAUUUGCUGGACAUUGUUAAUCAGCCUCCUUUUUAAAAACGAAAAUAAAAAUAAAGCCGGAAAAAAAAAAAGAAAAUUAAAAAUAAAAAAAAAUUACGAAAACCCUAAUUUCUUAGUUAUUUUUCCUUGGCGCUUCGAAGCUUGCAUCGACCUUGUUCAUCUACAAAAUCCAUUUUCCUUUUGAAAAAUGUCAGGAAGAGAUUCGUACGGAGGAGGCGGUGAAAGGAAUCAGAGCCCAACCAUAACCCCAUCAUCAAAUAUGAACUUGGCAUUCAGAGCAGAUGAGGCUACUCCAGUUUACCAGCCCAUCAUGCCUAUUACUACCGAUGAUACACUUCAUCAUCUUCAAUCAAUCCCACCGCACCACCAUGAGAUGAUGCUAAUGGGUUGUGGCGGGAUCGGCGUCGGUGUCAUUGUUGAUGGACUUAACAUGAAUACUGCGGAGCCAAUGAAGAGGAAACGCGGGCGGCCAAGGAAAUACUCUCCACCCCAUGGUAAUGUCAGCCUCAACCUCACAUCUCCGCUGUCCCACCACCACCAGCACCAUGAACCCCACCAGUCUCCUCUUCUUCAACAUUCUGGAUUCCAGUCUCCUCCUUCGCCAUCAUCCACUGCAAAGAAAGCAAGAGGCAGACCUCCUGGUUCGGGCCGCAAAAACCAACUUGCCACUCUUGGAUCAGGAGUUGGAUUUGCACAUGUUAUAACGGUGAAGGCUGGAGAGGAUGUGUUAUUGAAAAUAAUGUCAUUCUCCCAAAAUGGCCCCAGAGGUGUCUGCAUUUUGUCAGCAAAUGGUGCUUUAUCUAAUGUAACACUUCAUCAAGCUGCAACAUUAGGUGGAGCCGUAUCAUAUGAGGGACGAUUUGAGAUUUUGUCACUAUCUGGUUCAUUUCUCCCUUCAGAGAAUAGUGGCCAGCGCAGCAGAACAGGUUGUUUAAGUGUUUUACUAGCUGGGCCUGAUGGUCGUGUUCUUGGUGGAGUGGCAGGGCUCCUCAUAGCAGCAUCUUCUGUUCAGGUUAUUGUAGGUAGUUUUAUCUCAGAAGAUUGGAAAGAAUCAAGUCUGGGGAUUAACCAACCUGAAACCUUGUAUGCUCUAGGUGCAUUAGUAGCAGGAAGCCCCACAUCCCGUGGAACUUUUAGUGAAUCAUCUGGUGGGCCUGUAAGCCCUCCUAACCAGAGCACUGGAGGCUGCAGCAGCAAUCCACAGGGCAUGCCAAAUGUGCCAUGGAAAUAGAUGAACUCAUGCUAUAAAUUAUUCUAACGUUGUAUGUAUAGCUGAUACAGGUUGGGUACAAUCAGAAACUGUUGUUAACUUCUAACAUAGAGAUACCUAGAUCAUGAUUCGUGUACCCUUGGAACUUGAUAGGCCAUCUUUUUGCACAGAAUCAAGUGUUUUAUUUUAUAUAUUAUUUUUCAAUUUCUUUA